AAAUCCUCCUCCAUCGGUAGAGAUAUCUGUUACUGAGGACAGGAACUGAGGGCAGACAGACAGGAGAUAAAGGAAAGGAAGAAAUCAUGGCAUCCUCUUCAGAUCAGAAUGUGGAGUUUGUGCGAACAGGCUACGGCAAGAACACAGUGAAGGUGCUGGUCAUCAGGCGACAGGGCAGUCAACACUACGUCAUCGAGCUAAAGGCCGAUGUGGAGCUCACGCUCAAAACACGCAAGGACUAUCUUACUGGGGACAACUCGGACAUCAUUCCCACCGACACCAUAAAAAACACCGUCCAUGCCCUGGCCAAGCUUAAGGGGGUAAACACCAUCGAGCAGUUCUCCCUAGAUAUCUGUCAUCAUUUCCUGACCUCCUUUAACCAUGUGCUGAGGGCCAAAGUUCACAUGGAGGAGGCUCCAUGGAGAAGGUUGGAGAAGAAUGGGGUAGAGCAUGCUCAUGCAUUUAUCUUCAGCCCAGAAGCUUUUCACUUCUGUGAUGUUGAGCAGAACCUGAAUGGCAUCCCUGUGGUUCACAGUGGGUUACAGAACAUGAAGGUGCUGAAAACCACCAAGUCUGGUUUUGAGGGUUUCCUCCGAGACCGUUUCACAACUCUGCAAGAGACCAAGGACAGGUGUUUCUGCACCUCUGUCUAUGCUAGGUGGUGCUACAACAAUAUUCAGGAUGUCGACUUUAAUGCUGCAUGGAAGCGUGUGAAGGAGACAAUCAUUGAGAAAUUUGCUGGCCCCUACGAUCGUGGAGAGUUCUCACCCUCUGUGCAAAAGACCCUGUACGACACACAGGUCCUGGUCCUGGAUAGAAUUCCUCAGGUGGAGGAAAUCGAGAUGGUCAUGCCCAACCAGCAUUACUUCACCAUAGACAUGACAAGAAUGGGCCUCACCAAUAAAGACGAAGUUCUUCUUGCCUUGGAUAACCCUUCAGGCAACAUCACAGGGACAGUGCGCAGGAAACAGCGAGCCAGGCUGUGAAGACACCUACACAUUCGGGAAAUGCUGCUGCAAUCUACACACCAAUCUGAGCAAGCUACUGAACAAAAAAGUCAAUAUGAUACAAAGUUCUGAGGAAAAAUAUUACCUUUUAAGUUCAAAUUAUCAUUCAAGAUUAAAGCUUUGACUGUUUAAGGAAGAAAAAAAAGAAAAGUAAAACACUAUCAAUAAAUUCCUAAACUGAUA